GUGCGCUUUUGCAGCGCCUCAUUUCCUCUUGUGUUUUGCCUAUGGAAAGAAAGCAGAUAUUUUCUGACUAGCGUUCGAUCGUUUCCCUAGGCCCAGACCGAUGUCGAAUUGAUACCAAAUUUUCCUAUCAGCUUCGAACGUGCCGGUGUUUCCGGAACGAUAGACACUGUACUACCCGUGUCGCUCUUCGCGUUUGUUUAUUUUUCCUUACUUGAUUUUCUCGUACUUUUCCGGCUGUUUCUGGCGAAUUUUAGUACUGUUGCGGCUUUGGUCUUUCCCAGAAAUUGCUCGGAAUGCGCGACUAAUGGGCGCGGGGCUCGAAUUUGCGUACCCGCCAGAAGCGCGAUCUAUCGGCUACUGGGCGCACUCGGUUCCGUCCCAUGACGCUUGCGUUUUCGAUCAAAAGAUUGCACAACCAUGGGACCGCACUCGGGUUCUUUCGUAAUGGCACAGUCGAGCCUCUCAGGGGGACCACAAGUCGUGAUGGUGGCGCUGUCGUCGUUUUCGACUGAGCUUUGGCGGAGGACUGCGUGACCCUGCCACCCCUCAGAAUGCAGUUUGACCGAGGUUUGGCUCUUGCUGUGCGCUGUGCUAUAGUUUCUUUAUGUUUAGACGCGAUCGUGUAGCGACCGGAAUGGUGAUGCGCUUUUAAACACAGAAUGCAACAACCGAUAAGCUGCUGACGAGUGCGCGUUGUGGACCGUUGCGCACUCUCACGGCCGACGAUCUCCCUACGGGCGCAAACAAAGCCGUGCGUGCUGUUGCUGGGCCGCUUGCAGCACUGUUCCCGGAGCACUCCACGGCGGGCGACAGAACAUGGCGAUGUGUUGACGGAGAGAGCGGGCCCCCGUCGCUGGUGUCGUCGAACCUUCGGCCGUGACGGAGGGGAAAGCCCGCCCGGCCGCGCCGAAGAGACACACAAAGGAACCAUCGCCCUCCUGCAGCCGCGUGGGCCGAUGCGUGCCAGGUUGACCGAGCUGCGGCGUGCCAUGAGCUUCUCGGGCAGAGCCAAGGCGACAACAACAAAGCCUGCGACGGCGACGAGCGAACAAGUCGACGUCGUCCCGACCGCGAACGGCGAUGUUGCGAGCGACGGCGGCGGUGACAACACUGCCGAGGUUGCCCUCAUCGACAAGCGGCUGCCGCGAGAGCUGCUCCUCAAGAUCUUCUCGUUUCUGGACCUCGUCUCGCUGUGCCGCUGCGCCCAAGUGUCCAAGUCAUGGAACGUCCUCGCGCUCGACGGCAGCAACUGGCAGACGAUCGACCUGUUCGAGUUUCAACGAGACAUCGAGGGCCCCGUCGUGCAGAACAUCGCGAUGCGCUGCGGCGGCUUCCUCCGUCGGCUCGGGCUGCGCGGCUGCCAAAGCGUCGGCGACGCGGCAAUGCAGGCGUUCGCCGCGCGCUGCCGCAACAUCGAAGCCCUGUCGCUGAACGGCUGCCGACGCGUGACGGACGUCACGUGCGAGAGCGUCGGCGCCCAUUGCUCUCGCCUCGUCGACCUGGACGUCGGCUCGUGCGGCCAGCUGACGGACCGCUCGCUGAGAGCCAUCGCGGCCGGUUGCCGCUACCUGGAGCGCCUGGACAUCUCUUGGUCACAGCAAGUGACGCCCGACGGUUUCGUCUGCAUCGCGCGCGGCUGCUCCCGUUUGCGUUCCGUGAUCGCCAAGGGAUGCCCGGGCCUCAACGACGCCGCGUGCCAGGCACUCGGCGAAGGCUGCCAUUCGCUACGUGCCAUCGGCUUCAACGAGUGCGGUGCCGUGACGGACGCUGGCGUCGUGGCGAUCGCGUCGCGCUGCCCGGACCUGGCAUACGUCGGGCUUUCCAACUGCGCCCAGAUCUCCGACGCCGCGCUCCUAGCACUGGCGCAGUACUGCCGAUCUCUGCGGACUCUGGAAGUGGCCGGCUGCUCGCGCCUCACCGACGUUGGCUUCCAGGCGCUGGCGCGCAGCUGCCCCGUGCUUGAGCGCAUGGACCUCGAGGAGUGCAUUCACAUCACCGACGCCACCUUGUUGGCACUCGCGGGCUUCUGCCCGCGCCUGCAGAAGCUGAGCCUGUCGCACUGCGAGCAGCUGACCGACGAGGGCAUACGGCACCUGUCCGCCGGCCUGGAGAAGCUCGUGCUCCUGGAACUCGACAACUGCCCGCUGGUCUCGGAGGCGUCGCUCGAGUACCUGUCGCGCUGCCCGGCGCUGCGCCGCGUCGACCUCUACGACUGCCAGCUGAUCACGCGCGAGGCCGUGGGCAAGUUCAAUGCGCGCAUGCCCCAGCUCCGCAUCCACACGUACUUCCCGCCGCUGCCGCCUCAGCCUCAGAGACACAACGAAGGCCACGACGCCGCCGCAGACCGUGCUGCGCAGCCGUUGCGAGGCCGAUCGGGGACGCAGCCGCGUUAUUGCCGCUGUUGCGUGAUGCUCUGACGGGACUUCCCUCACACGCCUCGAGGGAGAUGGCAUCGUUUUGUGCUUUCUUUUGUGCAACGGUUGCUGCUGUGUCUCGGGCCUCACGUCUCGUUGGUCGUUUGGAAACCACCCGUAGCAAGCAGCGGUCAUGUGUCACGUUCCCGCUACUUGCGACCACCGCUUAGUCGCUCCCCGGCGAAACGAGCAGGUCUAAGCAACUGAGCAAUUAAUUCAACUUGAGGACUGCCUAAGCCUGUCAGCCAACAAUAGUGAGAGGUUCGAGCACGUUGACCCAAAUUGUGGGUCUCGUCGACUCAUUGUGAGCUCGCCGCAGUUUGCAUAUCACUGGUGCUUUCCUCCGAAGUGAAGCACGCAUCUUGUCCACUGCUGCAAGAUGCACCCUGAAUCGAUGCCUGAGUAUGUGACUGCCGUAUGAAAGAGCAGGGCAUUCCACACUGGGGGAUGGUAUCGGUGCCACUAAGGUCGAAUAUGUGAAUGCUGUGCUGUCAGUUCUACCGUAGAAGCCCAGACAAGCCACCCCUCUGCUUCCACUCCAAUGUAGAUCCAAGCAGGAGAUUGAUUCCCCAUGUUCACAAUCUGCAGCACUAGUAGCUGGCGACAUUUGAAGUUUUUUGCUUCACUUGUUUUUGCUGUGGGGAUUGCUCCCUUAAUGCGUAUGUGCUAACCCAUGGGUACGAGUAGAAAGCCCACUAUUAUCUGACAGACGCCACAUGUGAUGAAUCCUGCGUCGCCUCUCACUCGUCACUUGCACGUGGCAAUCAAGCUGAAGUAAAAACAGCGCUGUGGUUAUUGAGGCACUUGUUUGUUAGACCUCUCGGAUCACAUUCUGUAGAAUGGCGGCAGUGUGGCAGAAUGACCACUCUCAGUGAUGAGUGAGAAAGGAGCAUGUGGAGGGAGAGAAUUUGUUCAAGCUUUUAGAGCUAUUCAACCAAUGGGGCAGAUUGGAGCUAAUUUCCAUCAUUGACCCACCCAUAUGUGAAAAGAAGGGGUUAGAGAGCUAAGAGGCACAAUUUAAACAGCAUGUUUCUUUUAUCCUUCCGUAUUUGUCCGGUGCUUGGAGUGCAGGGCCAGUACACUUGGUUCUGCCAUGUCGUACACUUGCUUCUGCCAGUUAUGCACCUCGAGUUCACAGAUUCUUGACAGACAUUUGUGCUGGAUGUCUGGAGGGUCCGCUGGGUUGCAUGUCCCUGUUUGGCGUGCUUUCUUGUAUUUGCUGAGUCAUCGUUUGCACACUUCCCCAUCUUCAAUUACUUGUUUGAAUGCAGCUAGCGAUUUACUAGCUUGAGGCUUGCUUCUUUGAAUAACAUGCAUUUUAACCUUCCACAUACAAUGCAAAGAGUUAUAUCUGCUGCUUGCUUUGGAGUUUGUAACUUAAUUUUUUUUUUCCCAGUUCCUGUUGUAUUGUUAUUUAACGUAGGCACUUUUGAUUGUUACACCGAUACAAUGAUAGAGUAAACCAUGUGCCGUGUGCUUCUAUGUGUCACUGCUUAGACCAAAGCUUUUGUACAAGUCCUUGUGGCAUACUGCUUAUGUCAAUGGCUUUCAUUUAUAUUAGCACCUCAUAUGACUGCGCCGUGUAUUGUUGUUUCACCCCUAAUGGCAAGACCACAACAGCCUUGCAGACUUACUAACUAGCCUUGUGGGGUUCUUGGUGCCUUUGACUACUUGUUUUGUGUGGCAUGUCUCAGGGAACUUUGUUGAUUUGAGACAUAACAGCAAGCGUUGGGCAACAUGACUUUUGAACAGGCUGUUGUUUCAAAGCCGAAGCUUGUAGGUAAACUCUAUAAGUGUCCUUAAUGCCAUGUUGCACAGUAAUGUUGAUGCUACAUAAAUAGCGGCAUUUUUAUUUUAUAUUGUAGUUUACAGUGUUUAUAUACAUUCUUUUCUAAUAGGUCUUUUACAAAUUGAAUUUGUUUCCUGUUCUUUUCAAGGGGAGCGUGUCAGCACCGCCUUUGUGCACCAUGCCUUCUGUAUUGCUAUGUGUGUUGCUUGCGAGUUAGGCAGCGUUAGUGUACACACGUCUCAUUAUGAAGCACAUCGUAGUGAAUCGGUGAUGGCACAGUGAGCCAUUAUCGUUGUGCCGGCUGUGUUUUUCGAGAACAUCUCAAGCCCUUAGGAAUGCUCGGUCGGCAGUCUUGUUGACUACUUUUGUUGUGACACAUUUGGUAUACUGAUAGUGUAAAAUGAAAUUAUACGUCUACUUUCUAGUUCUGUCGGCAACGUAUGUGGCAGGUUCAGACAUGGCUUCUUUUUGUAGCUGCGCCCCGUGUUCCCCUGGGUCCUGUCAUUGACCAGUCACCUUCAAGGGUGUCACUUUCAGUGUGCACAGAUUGGUCAAGCUCCCAUUGACCAGUCACCUUCAAGGGUAUUACUUUGAAUGUGCACAGAUUGGUCAAACCUGCGGAAGCAGUUGUGUUGAAACGUGAAGAGGCACACACGUCUAAGAAUACCUUUUCAAGCGUCGAGUUGAGAGCGCCACAUCUGCACAUUUGAUUCCUCCAUAAAUUGAUGGUGCCUUUAGAGCAGAAUGUUGACCGUUUCCGUUUUUGACAGCAUGUCAUUUAGCACAGCAGUCCUAAAUGCUUGUGCAGUGCUCCUUUGAAAAUCGACCAGUGUUUAGUCUCUGUGAUCAUUUUAGUGUGUUGCUGCCAACUUCCUUGUUGGAGGCUACUAUUUGCGUGCAUCAAGUUCUAUACUUCAAAUGCUAGAAUGAGAUCCGGCUGGAGGUGUCUAUGUGCUCCAUCACAAUGCCAACAUGAGAAUGAGUGGCUGUAUAUGAAUUUCUCUAAAACUUCAUCCUUGUGGCUUCCUAUGUUAACCUUUUCUUUAAUGCUGCUGUGUCAUUGUGGUUUAGUUCAGUGUCUACCAUUAAUCUAAUUUAACUCCCCCUUUCCUUUUUAAUUUGGACAGUAUUUAGAAUUUUGUAAAUUAAAGGAAUUAUUCAGUAUACUAAAAGCACUGGCCCAUUGCGAGUGUUGCAGUAUAAAUAUUAUCUAUGUUUGGCAGCGCAACACAACCUAAACUAUCGUAAUUACUUUAAGCACUCCGAAUUAAUGAAAGGAGUUGUGAUUGUGAAAGAUAAUAUAUAAGGCAUGAAUUAACCACGACAAUAGCCAGGGUGCUGUUUGCCCAUAGAUACCAUUUUGCCAUCAAAAAAGCCUGUCGGCACACCAGGCAACUUGCCCACAGGCAACACAAGAGCCACAGGGCUACUUUUUCUUUUUAGCAAACCUGCACCGAUGCAUCAAAAUAUCUAUGUACUUCUCGUAAUUUUUGUGCUAACUGGUACAAUUGCAACCUCCAGAUUUUCUUGUAGUGUCUGUAUGAAGUGCUGUGCUUGUGUAUGCUCAGCUUAGGCAAAACAGGUUAUUAUUGUGCUGCUUGGCUCUUUACCUAGUUCCUUAUUUCACUCAGCAUGCAUGUUUGUGUGUAUGUGAGAGAGAGAGAAAGAAAGAGGCAGAAUCCUUGUGAACUGUUGCAAGAGCAUAGAAAGACAAACAAAAUAAGGUAGUGGAAGAUCCUCACUGCUUGAAGUGCAGUGGCGUCACUCUAUGUGCAUGCGUUGUAGCCUCACGCCUGGUCGUUUUAUCUAGUGCCUGUGCGAACGGUGACAUGUCUUCACGGAGUGUCGCAAAGUGUUUACAUUAACGGAGGCACUCUCGAGGUUGUGAGGGAGAGCGAAGCCUUUGAAGGAAUGUUGGCUGUAAUUCUCACCUUGUCGCAUACCUGCAUAGAUUACAGUUCCUUGAGUGGCACCAAACAUUGUGGGAAUAUGUCUCUUGUCCGCGAUUGCGACAUGGCUCUGAGUAGCGGCAUUUCAUCAGGGUGUCUCAUUCAGGUUUCUUUUGCCACGUUCAUUCUUCUGGGUCAUUGCACUCUGAGAGUGGUUUGUUUUGUUGCAGCAGGCUUAUGCACUAAGACCUUGUACGAUGCGCCUUUAUGCUAAGAGUUCAUUGCCUGUGUGACUAGUAGCCUGUGUAACUCGUGCGCAGAAUGAGAGACUACAAAAUGUUUGUGUACAAUGCUUAGUUCACACUGGAGUUCAUUGAUCUCGCUUGUCCAUCACUCUCUCAUGCUGGCCCGUGGGUGUGUAACUUUGUUUUGAGCAUGUAAGCAAAGCUUCGAUGAUCUUUACAAAAUAUAUAUAUGCAACGGUGAAGGAAAGGAAGUGUUGGAAAAUCUAGGUGUCCUGUUCCUGUUUCCAAACAUCCUACUUCCAAAGCCCUUCUGCCUUCUCUUCUUUUUUUUUCUUCUUCUUCUGACUUGUGUUUAUCGCUCUCACCAGUGGUGCUCUCCAAAGUCCAAGGCUGGAUAGGCUGCUGAUAGUGUUAUCCAUGGCAAGAUAGCAACAACUGCUGUGUGCGUGCUGUGGAGAUCGCACUUGUGUGGGGCUUUGCUGUUACCCUUCACUCUUUGUGCUGGAGACUAAUUUCUGGUAGCUUCCUGAUGGUUUCUCUAGCGUUUCUUUUCUUUAAUUAUUAUUAUUUAUAAACCCUUGCAUUGGUCUGGGUGUUCUCCAUCUAUUCAGAGCCAGAAGGGUGGCUGAAUGGUUGGUUCGCGCAUUCCCAAUUGCAUUCAGCGGGCCUUGAGUCCAUGGUGUGCACUGAAUGCUGCCUUGGAAUUUGUGUAACAUGGUAUGCCUUCUGCUUACCUUCUCGUUCGUAGGACUGCCUUGCUGCAUUACGCCUCACUAAAUUCUUGUGUGAUCUCCGGUGAGGAAGUGAAGCUCAGUAGGGUCUGAUGACCAAAGUAUGGAGCUCAUUCCUUGUGCGUUUAUAAUCGUCGUUGGCUGGUCAAGAACUCGGCAGAAUGUGUCCUACAAACUGAGCGUUAUGUUUCUUCAUAUUUUCUCUUCGCUCAUCUCACCAUCCAUGCUUCUUGAUCUCUUGUUGAGGAGCUUUAUUUUUUUGUCUGUUUGCAAGGUCAGGAUGACUCCUCACCUGACCGGUUUUCAAAACUCGCUGUAUUGCUGUGAAUGCAACCUGGGGAGGUAUUCUGUAAAAGUCCACUUAGUGGAUAUGUCCAUUUCGUCUGCUGCUGAAGUGCUGAUUGACUGUAGCACCUCGCCGCCACGGAUACGCAGUCCAGCCCAGCCAAUCGUAACUUCAACAGCAGCCUCUUGCAGAAUACCUCCCCUGUACUCUUUGUGUCCAGCCCGCUGGUCUUGUCUCUUUGUGUGUUGUUGUCGUGGCUGACACACUGGGGCACCUCAACUUUGCGUCUGUGCAAUCAGUAAAGGUUGAUUCACAUGACAGAUGAAAUAGCUAAAUCGGUUCCUGGGUGGAGUGUAAUGUAGCUCACUGGCUCUUCAUCGUAAUGUCAGUGUGUCGGGGAUCAGUCACUUGCAUUUCCCGGCCACCUCAUUGCAUUCCAGUGGGAGCCCCCCUGAUCCUAGGGGGUCCAGAACCCCAAGUGGUCAAAAGUAACUUAAAGACCUUCACUGUAAUGUUCUUCAUAACCCACUGCAAAGCUUUAAGACAUUAAGCCAAAACACCUUUUUUAGCCUCUCUCAGCGCGAUUCAGUGCCAUUAGCCUCGCAAAAUUAGGAUUCAGAUUUAAGCUUGAGAAACUUUAUGCAAAGUUCAUAGUAGCGUUUCUGACAGGCUGGAAAAUGUUUUCAGUGUUGGAUAGUUCAAAAGCAGUGUAUAUUUAAAUAAUGUGCAUAUUAGUUGUUUACUCAAGUAACUUUUAUUUUCUGCACAUGUUCUCCCCACAGCUAUAAGAUUUCAUUUCUCUUUAUUUUUAUUAGUUUUUGGGCAUUCUGUGGUUAAUUAGGCCACAGCAUGUUUGGUUGGCAAGCUAAUUGAGCUGUUCAGUUCAUCGUGUGAAUCAACCUUGAAGGAACUACUUUGGCAGAGGGGGAGGGGGUGGUAAGGGACAAAAAACCAAGCGUAGCACACUUUCAGGGGAAGAGUCUGCCCUGCAUUCUUGGCCUGUCGCUGACGAUUCACUUGUCUCGACAGCACCGUACUUGUCUUGCUUGUGCCUUAGAAAAUGUGAUGAAAGUCGGACUGUGGCAGUAGGUAUUUGUGCAUUGUACCCAACAGCUCAGAGCUUUGCUUGCUGUGCGGGCUGCACCCUGCUGCAGCUGUAGUUAGUGCCUUCCGGUGGUUGAGCUCAUAAUAGAUGGAGCUUGCGGAACCUGUGUUUCCAUCUGCCGUGUGCUCUAGUUGGUGGAUGUCUUCUCUUCCUCGUAUAGUCAUUGUGUGCACGUGUGUGUGUGUGUUUGUAAUACCGGUAUCUACAUUCACUUGGUUGGUGCUCAAAGUGGUUAAUGGCUUGUGUCAUUGACAAGUUUAGUGCCCAAAGGUAUUUAUAGGCGACAGUGCUGUGUUACUGUAGGAGACAGUGUGAUGCGUAGCAGAAACCACUUAGAGGAUCUUAUUUCUACACAAAGCUUUCUUCUUUCUCAUUUUUUUAAAUAGAAUAAUUCUGAAUCUUUUUCUCUCUGUGUGUUUCAUACAGAUUGCAGGCACAGGAUGAAAAUUAUGGUGUCCUGUUUCAUGUACUCCUAUAUGCUGGUUGAUUAGCCAAUUGUUGCUGACUGGCGAGCAAGUAAUGAUCUACUAAUGCAGACUUCUGCUGGUGUACAACUGCUACUGGUAGUUCAUGUUUUUUAUGUAUGGUGAAGCCAUUGUGGCAGGCUCGAUGCUAUCUCUGACGUUUGAUGCUGCAUUAUUAUCACACUUUACAAAAUAUUUGUGUGCAUCUGAUUGUAGUGAAGCCAGUGUUUGACCCCCAAAAUUUCAGAACGUUUGCACUCAGAUUGCCUGCCAUUGCUGCAUACAUGCAACAGGAUUGUUCAAUGUAAAACAAAAAUAUGCUGGCUACUGGGUUAUAAGAACAUUAUUCUUGCUAAUGUUUAUUUAUUCGACUUCAGAGUAACAAAACAUUGAUAGGAAAAAGCCUGCUUGAAACUCUACUUGAAAUAUUUUGCAUCUGCCUUAAUCACAAAUAUUUCAGUCACCGUCUGAGUAAAGAGUGCAAUACAGACUCGUGUUGUGGCAUUUUGUCACACUUCAUGUCUGGUGAGUUCGCAAAAUGGGGAUGUUUGCGUGAACAACGCCUUAAAAAGAAAAAAAAAACGCAUCGCUGUUACGCCAGGUGAAAACACUGCAGUGACUACAACCUUACCACUUUUAAUAGCCCCUUUUUGGUAGUUGUGAAGCUAGCUUUCCUGCAGGGCAGUGGGCCCGAGUGCUGUUUGAGGGGAAAAUUAACAUUGAAAAUGUAGACCUGGCUCUCACGAUGAAACCAUGAGUAAGUGACAAGUCUCAGCAUGUGCGGUCUUUAUUUGAAUGAUGGCCUUAGUUGAUCAAAUGUACAUCACACUUGCGAAUUAUAAAAUGGGGUCUAUGCUGGGUUCUGAAAAUCGCCAUAAAUGUCUCGGAGAGGCUAACCGCCUGGUUUUCCAGCUGUGGCCAAUCUCUGCUUCACGUGUCCGUUCUUACUUUGCAAAUUUUGAUAAGCACACUUGUGACUCAAAGAAGUGCGUGUGCUGAGCUCGUAGCCGUCGCACUAAAGCACCUGGGACGUGACAUGACUGGCCAUGUACUAGUUCAUACCUUCACUGAAUAAGCACUUAAGGUGCUUAGGAGUUCUAGCCCCUAUUAAGUAGUGCCACACAGAUAAACAUGAUGAUGUUGGCCAUAAUGAAAGUUUGAGUUUGUGACAACUCAUUUGCCCACAGUACUCUUGCAGCUGUUAGUUGCUAAUUGGUGUAAUUAUUUUAUAUGAAUGUCAUCGUACAAAGUAACAGUGAAUUUACUAACAGCUUUUGGUAGCAAGCAUUACUUUGUUUAGAAGAGCAUAUCCUAGUGUAAACUUGGGAACCUUUUCUACUGACACUCCCCAUGCUGACCUGAUCCAGUUUACAAAGCAACUUUUCCAAUUAACACAAGCACAAGUGACUCUGUUGUCUGAAAAAUAAUUUUUCAUACUGAAUUUCAGCUCUUCUUAACUCGUAAAUAUCUCAUAUUCUGAUGCAAAUGGGCAACAAGCAUCUGGGCCCUGUCAUCAACAUCUUAAGACAUAAAAUGAGAUUUCACAGGCUGUAGACUUUUUUCGGGGGCUUGGAAAAAGAUAGGAUUCGAGAACAAUGUGGGUAGAAGGACCAUUCAUCUGAGUAGCAGGGAAGUUCUACAAUAUGUGAAGAAACUCUUUUUGUCAGUACAAAAUUUUCCACGGUGAUGCAGGCACCUUCUUCUGGUAGGUAUACGACGGGGAAAAAUCUAUCUGCAUGAUUUCCUUCAUAUUUUGGUAGCUCAGCUAUUGCCCAAUUAAUGGGCUAGCCGCAGUGGGCUCAUUCAUUCCAGUGGAAAAGUUUCUAUUAGUAAAAAAAUAUUGUGUGCACCAGUGGCUUGCUUGUUAAGAUUGCUUUUUCUUUUAAUGUUUUUCUUCAUAUGUAUUUACUACUAAUAAUUUAAUAAUUGCCCGGUUCGUCUGUUUGAAAAAAGAAAAAAAAAGCGAACUUCUGCCGUUUGCGUGCACAGCCAUGGCAGAAACAUUUCGGCAGGAGUUUUGUAGUGUUAGUCUUGUCACCUGAGGACCCUGUCGAUGAUGUGUGGGCUACUCGUUCCUUUUACCCAAUGUCAUUACACUGCACCGAACAUAACUGCCAAGCAGUUACAUUUGCUGGAAAGAUGACGGGCAGAGGCAGAUGCAUUCAUUCACCUUCCGUCAUGGUGAAAACAAAAUUUUUGAUCUCCCAGCGCGAUUUGGUAGCCUGUUGCAUGUUGACAGUGUGAACAUCAAAGUACGUGGCAGUCUUGUGACACCUGUGAUUAAGUGCCUUCGUGUUUUUUCUCCUGCGACUUCUGUGUUUCUUCUUGUUUUUUGUUUUUUUUCCCUUGUCGUCGUGGCUACAGUCACUUUUAUUUCUCUUGAAACGCACAUCAUCUUCCUCAACGAGAGAGGUGAGCGAGAUGCGCUUUCGAACCACCUGUUGUGCUGAACAAUAAAGGGCACUUAUUUCUUUUCUUCGA